AUGGAGCACUAUAUCGAGGUACUCUCGGAUCGCAGCUCUGUGCUAAUAGCCAUCAUCAUUAUACCAACCACGAUAUUCAUCGUUUCGCACCUAUUGAGCAGCGGAGCGGCGCAAUUUCCCUUGCUCGGCGGGGAGCUUGGAAACUCGGAGAAGCGCCGAAAGGCUUUCUUUGCCGGCGCUGCGGCACUUUACGAUCAAGGAUAUGCGGCUUUCAGGGACAAGCCAUUUCGACUCACAACGGUUGAUGGCGAACGAAUUGUCGUGCCGACUUCUGCGUUGGAUGAACUAAGGCGUUUACCAGACGAAACCAUUAGCAAUAAAGAGGCUCUCAACAAGACUGUGGAGAACCGAUAUACCGGACUUCAUGCAGAUAACAAACUGCUCAACCAUAUCAUACGGGCGGACCUCACACGAAACUUGAGCCGUUUGAACCCCCGACUCGGAGAAGAGGUGGCGCGCACCGUGGACGAAGUACUCGGUCCGUGUGAGGACUGGACUCGGGUGACGAUACACCAAAAGUUUCUGCGGAUCGUCGCCAUUGUCUCGGGACAAAUCUUCCUUGGACCCGAACUCUGCCGCAAAGAAGAGUACUUGUACGCCAGCAUCAACUACACGGUUGAUGUUUUUGCCGCCAUUCGCAAGCUCAAGGCUUGGCAUCAUCUGCUUCGCCCCGUGGCCCAAUACUUUAUCCCCGAGAUCAAGACACUCAAUGAACAUCGCAUAAAGGCGAGGGAGUUUCUGCUGCCCAUUAUCAAGGAGCGCAAAGCGGCGGCAGCGGCCGGCCAAGAGCUGCCCGAUGACAUGUUGCAGUGGAUGAUCAACAAGGCCGACGAGUUCCAGUUCAGUGACCAGGAACUGGCGGAUACGCAGCUGACCUUGAGCCUUGCUGCCAUUCAUACCACGUCGGCAACGGCGACUGAUAUCCUGUCUGAGCUGGUCGUACGGCCCGAGGUUGUCGAAGAGCUGAGGGGUGAGAUCAAGGAGGUUCUCCAACGGCACGACGGUGUGAUUCAUACUCAGACAUUAUUCGAGAUGAAACUCCUAGACAGCGUCAUGAGAGAAGCGCAGAGAGUGUCUCCGUUUAACCAAGCCCGCUUCAGCCGCUACGUCAGCAAGCCCGUCACCCUCAGCAACGGCAUCCACCUGCCCGCGGGCUACACCAUUGAGUCGCCCCACGGGCCCGUGAUGCGGGACACGGCCAUUUACCCCGAUGCCGACAAGUUUGACGCGCAUCGGUUCGCGGACCUGCGGGCCGCGCGCGUCCCCGACCCCGUCAACUACAAGAGCCGCGAGCAGUACCAGUUUGUCUCCGUGACCAAGGAGAACAUGAGCUUUGGCUUUGGUGCCCACGCCUGCCCUGGGCGCUUCUUUGCCGCCAAUGAGAUUAAGCUUAUCCUCUCCCGCCUGCUGCUGCAAUAUGAUCUCCGGCUGCCCGAGGGUACGCAGAUUCCGCCUAGGUUGAUUGCUGGUGCGCAGUCCCAGGCAAAUCCAAAAUUGCAGAUUGAGCUCAGGAAAGUACAAACUGCCUGA